UUUUCUGUUUUUUAGUUGAUUUGUUGAUUAUUUAUCCCUUAGAACAAUGAAUCUAGUACGCUGUUUAAAUCACGACGUUGUUAAUUCUUAAAUUAGACGGAUAAUGUCCCAUUUUACCUGCUCAAAAACAUAAAAAGUGGACGUUAUGUUUUGCUUUGUUUAUCUAAUCUUGUUUCAUUGAAAUGUUUGUAACAUCUUGUGGCUUUUGUUUUUAACAGUGUCUUUGUGUUGGAACUUGUGUUUUGUUUCUUGACAGUUAUCCAAUUACAAUAAAUAUUAGCUGCUAAAAAUUUAUCACUGUAAAUAAUUUGUUAAUAUUCAAUUUUUAAGGUUUAACUUUUGUAUAUUUUGAUAUAUUCUACAAAUUAUGGAUUAUAUGGACACCAUUGCAAGCUUCAUCAGUGUUGAGGGCUUUGGUACAGAAGUCAUUGUAACUGGCUUUUUAGCAACUGUAACCUUAAGUUUAUUAUUUUAUUUAGUUAAUCGCCAGAUAAGAGCUAGCGGAUUCCAAUUUAUACACCCUUCAAGCCAGGAGGCUGUGAAUAAUGCUAGACAACAAUUGAAUAUACUUUAUUCUAGUAGAUUGGUCUCAAAUCGUUUAAACUCUAACGGUGAUACGAAUGGCACUAAUGACACAAAUCAAGCCAAUGGUGCCAGCUCAAAUGAGGAUAGCAAUGGCAACAAUAAUCAAGAAACGGAUGGUAAUCUUAAUGGUAACUUUGUUCGUCUUAAUCAUUAUGGAGUCGAUUCGGCUUGCCCUGUGUGCCUAAAUGAACCUGUUCACCCUGUUGAAACAAACUGUGGACAUUUAUUUUGUGGAAAAUGUUUAACUGUUUAUUGGAGACACGGGAGAUGGUUAGGACCUGUACUCUGUCCAGUUUGUCGCCAACAAGUUUCUUUGAUUCUUCGUUGCUUCCCAGAAAGCAAUAAUUUAACAGCUGAGGAAUCGAAUGAAGUACAAAAUUUGUUGCGAGAUAUUCACGAGUACAAUAGGAGAUUUAGUGGAGAGCCCAGACCAUGGAUCGAUUAUUUAUAUGAUCUCCCAACACUGCUACGACACAGUGUAUCUGAGUUUUUCACCGUCGGAGGAUUGAUGUGGAUGUUUCGAAUCAGAAUAUUUUUGUGUUUCAUAGGAGCGAUUAUGUACUUAAUAAGUCCUCUUGAUAUUUUACCUGAAGCAGUCUUUGGUCUUUUCGGUUUUCUUGAUGAUGUUUUUGUGGUUCUCCUUUUCGCAAUAUAUGUUACAAUUAUCUAUAGAAGAUUCCUCGCUAAUCGUUGGGAAAAUGCCAGCCUAUUAUGAUUCUAUACGCUCAAGCUGAGGGAUGAAACAGGAUUUCCCAGUUCACCCGAAGGAAAAUGGAGUCCACCCAAAUGAAAAUGUUCGGGAUUAUAAGGUGCCUAUAAUCCCUUGCAUAAAAAAUUGUUUGAUUAACAUCUGUUUAAAUUGUUUAAGUCUUUUUUCAUUAUUGUUCUUGAAAUGAGUCAAUUGUGAUUCAACUCUUCACCAAUCGCUGUAUUUUCAUGAAAAUAUCAAUGAAGAUGGUUUAUAAUCAAUUUAUUUAUUUUCUUCAACAUAAUCGAUUGAGUAAAAUGAAUAAAUCCGAGAGAUGGUCGAUGGA